GAUGGCCAAACUCCCUUAAAAAUCAAAACUUCAUUUUCCUCCUCAAAAAAGAAAAAGGGUCAAUUGCAAUAUAAAUGCUAACUAAGAGGACCCAUCUCAAAAGCAUAAAACUUAAGGGGGUUAUUUUAACAAAAAACAAAAAAUCAUUUAAAACCCUAGCACUCUUUCUCCUCUUCUUUAAACCCUCUUGCAACUUUACUAACUUCUUCUUCUCUAACUACUACUGUACUGUAAUAGGUAUGAAGGUACCGAAGAGGAGUAGCCGUCACAAAAAUGCACAGAAAGAAGAAGAAAAGAAGUUAAUUGAACAAAAGGAAGAAAGAAGCGAAGAAGAAGCAGAGGAUUUUGUAGAAUCCCCUGUUGUUUCUGACGAUGAUGACGACGAGGAGUUUUCUGAUGAUGAUGGAUCACUUAGUGUAUCUGGGUCAGAAGAUGGUCAUCUACCCGGGGAAGAGGAUGUUUUUGUAUCAAGUGAUGGUGAAGAUUCUUUUGAUGCCAAAAGUGAUGAUGCCAGUGGUAAUGGUGCAAGUGGCAGUGGUAGAGAUGAUACUGAACAUGAUAAAGAUGAAGAUGCUGAAAGCGAUAACUCCCGCCCAGUAGUUUUAGAGAGUGAUUCGUCCGAAGAUGAGGUUGUUCCUCGUAAUACUGUUGGAGAUGUUCCAUUAGAAUGGUACAAAGAAGAGGAACAUAUUGGAUAUGAUCUUGCGGGGAAGAAGAUCAAGAAAAAGGAGAGACAAGAUAAACUGGACUCAUUUCUCGCCAGUGUUGAUGAUUCCAAGAAUUGGCGUAAGAUUUAUGAUGAAUAUAAUGAUGAAGAAGUUGAACUCACGAAAGAAGAAGUUAAGGUGAUCAAAAGAUUGCUGAAAGGGAAGGCACCUCAUGCUGACUUUGAUCCAUACGCGCCUUACGUUGACUGGUUUUCCUGGGAUGACUCAAAGCAUCCUCUUUCUAGUGCACCAGAACCAAAGAGACGAUUUAUCCCUUCAAAAUGGGAGAGUAAGAAGGUUGUCCAAUAUGUGCGGGCAAUCCGAAAGGGACUUAUAAAAUUUGACGAGAAGCCUAAGGAAGAGCCAAGUGCCUAUCUCUUAUGGGGAGAUGAUUCCACUGCAAUAGAUAGACAAGGGUUGGCAUAUAUUCCCGCUCCAAAGCCUAAACUGCCUGGUCAUGAGGAGUCUUAUAACCCUUCUUUAGAAUAUAUUCCUACACAAGAAGAGAUCAAUUCUUACCAGCUCAUGUAUGAGGAAGACCGACCAAAGUUUAUCCCGAAACGGUUCACGUCAUUGAGAAGUGUUCCAGCAUAUGAGAAAGCAGUCAAUGAAAAUUUUGGCCGCUGUUUGGAUCUUUAUUUAUGUCCAAGGGCUCGGAAAAAACGUAUUAAUAUUGAUCCUGAGUCCUUGAAGCCAAAGUUGCCAAGUCGCAAGGAUCUCAGACCUUAUCCAACGUCGUGUUAUCUUGAGUAUAAAGGUCAUAAAGGUCCCGUUGUGUCGAUAUCUACAGAAUCUACUGGGCAGUGGAUUGCUUCUGGUUCAACUGAUGGAACGGUGCGCAUUUGGGAGGUUGAAACUGGAAGGUGUAUCAGGAUCUGGGAGCUUGGGGAAUCCGUACAUCAUGUCUCAUGGAAUCCUUUGCCUGAACGUCCCAUAUUGGCAGUCUGCAAGGGAGAAGAUGUAUAUCUUUUGAACACUGGACUUGGCAAUGCAGAAGAACAGAAAAGUCUUGAAGAGCUUUUGCGUGUUGAAACGGGACCAAGCCCUGAUGACUCUGAUAAUGAUAAAACCAUUGUGAAUUGGGUUCAAGAUGAUAAGAUUGGGGGAAUCAGGUUGAAGCACUUUAAGACUGUUUCUUCAGUUGAGUGGCAUCGGAAGGGCGACUAUUUCUCAACACUUAUGCCUUCUGCUCAAUCAAGAGCAGUUUUGAUUCACCUGCUUUCAAAGAAACAGACUCAAAGAAUACCAUUCAAGCUUCAUGGACUUCCAGUUUCAACAGCCUUUCAUCCCUCUCGCUCAGUCUUCUUUAUUUCAACAAAGAAAAACAUUCGUGUUUAUGAUCUCUUGAAGCAAAAGCUCAUUAAGAAGCUAGAGACAGGGGUUCGCGAAGUCUCGUCUAUUGCUGUUCAUCCUGGUGGUGACAAUCUUAUUGUAGGGAGUAGAGAUGGGAAACUGUGCUGGUUUGACAUGGACCUUUCAUCUCAACCUUACAGAGUUCUCAAGUGCCAUCCAAAGGAUGUCAACAGAGUGGCCUUUCAUCGCUCCUAUCCUUUGUUUGCUUCAUCUUCGGACGAUUGUACGGCAUAUGUUUUCCAUGGCAUGGUUUAUUCAGAUCUAAACCAGAAUCCAUUGAUUGUACCUCUGGAGAUUCUACGCGGUCAUGGCAGUGAAAAUGGAAGAGGUGUCAUGGACUGCAAGUUCCAUCCUAGGCAACCGUGGUUGUUUACUGCAGGCGCAGACUCUGUCAUCAAGCUCUACUGUCACUAGAAGAUAACUCCAAAAUGCAUCUACGCUAGUAAUUUGCCUUGUGCAUUUGUUAAUCCAAAAAGAGGAAGACAGUGCAUUGCACUGUAUACAUUGCUGUGGGGAAGUUUGGAAAGUUGCCUGCUUGGACAAAGGGAGAACAAAGGUCUUUUAAGCCAUCUCUUGUUCUCUCUCAGAUAGGCGAACAUUGAAUUCCACAGAAAGAAUAGAGAAUAGGGAAGUUGUCACUGUUCUGUUUGUGUAUGAUCAAGACCAUCACCUCUCGUGUAUGGGUGUGCUUCGGUUCAAUUCACCCUAAGCAGGCUCUUUUUACGAGAGGAAAACUGGGUCCAAGUUCUUCUCAUGUCAGCAUUUUCUUUAGAGCUAGGGCACAUUGACAAAUGUACUCAGCACGAUGGAGCUCCAUUAUUCUUUACUAUAAAUUGAGUUAUCACAUUUUUGCAUGCAAGGCUCUUUGGCACUAUCGAUAACAUUACAAUGGAAUUUUGAAGAAAUCGUCUCCGCUGUUCUUGGUC